CAUGUUCGGCGAUGCAACCCGCCGUCUACAUGAAGAAGAACGUUGGAAGUUGCCAAAUUUGGUCAGAAAAACCGACUUCGCUGGUCAGAAAUGCGACCCCGCAAGAACUUAUCAGAACGAAUCACUAUAUGCAGCAUAGCAAUGCGAAUAAUUUUUUUUAGGUCAUAAUCGUCAAGAGAAGACGACAACGUCUUGUUAGCACACAUUAACGAACUUCUUAGCUGUUGUGUUCGUUGCAGAAAGAAAGGUGUGCGUUCUUAUUACACCGUGCCGGACUGACUGCAAGUUAAUAUCAAUCAUUACUAUCCCUGACAGGAUAUCAGAAGUUAUGUCGGGGUUCCACACGUCCCCUCUUCCUCCACCUCCUCUGCCACCUCCUCCUCCAGCACCUCCAGAUUCAACCGGCAAAAAGAAGAAGUUGUAUCAGACGAUAGGAGGCAGCAGGAGGCCACUGGAAGGGGACAACACAGAGCCUGUCCUGCUCAUCAGUCAGAGGGAGAGCAGUUUCAGCCGAGCUCUCCACUGGUCUCUGGUAAACACGUACGUGCCGUCGCUCAUCCAAGACGGGCCACAGUGUGGCUUAGUGGCCUUGUGGAUGGCCGCUCACAUGCUGCGAGCGGCCGUUGACAUGGACGCUGUGGUUCAGGUUGCGCUCGGCCGAGGCUUCACAGCACAGGGUGAAAUGUUCUCAGCUCGAAACAUGGCUUCACUGGCCGAGGAGGUGUGUGGCUGUAAGGCGGAGUUGCUAGCGGGUGGUUUGAGUGGUGACAAUGCCAACAGGAUCGUCGCACACUUGUGGAGCAGACAGCCUGUUCUUAUCCCAUACGAUGAAGACUACAACCAUGAGCCUUGCGAGCGUGGCGGCCACAGGGCUCACUGGGCUGUAGCUUCAGGUGUUCUCCUGGGUAUGAACCAGGGGGACAUAGGGACAGAGCCCACACAGCCUGACCCCACUCUGCCAUGGGUUCACCUGCGUGGACACUGCAGCUCCUUCUCAUCUUGUCCCACUGUGGACAUCUCACGUCUCGGAGAGAUUUACCUCCUGGCAAAGCAGGGGAAAAGUCUGCGCUACCAGUUGUGGAGUUUGGACAGCGUCGCUCGAAGCAAUGAGCAGCUGAAAACGAUGGACCCACAUAGAAGCAGCGACGGAACACAUUAUGUGCUUCCCAAAGGUGGAGUAGAGGCCGGGUUGGCUGGUCAGGCUGUUUUACUGCAUGGAAGGACAGAGUGUGGAACAGACAAACGGGAAGUUUUAAAAGGUCAGCAGUGAUGGUGUUUGUGUCUAAAUACGGACAUAUUGUUGUACAUAUGUAGAAGUAAAGUCUGUGUUAAAAAAAAGGUAAAAAGACAGAUUCAACUCCUUUAAUAAAAGUGCAGACAGUAAAAAUAAAUGUGUUGCUGUGAGUUA